AUGCUCGCCCGCGCUGCACCCAAGCCCUGCUCCCUGCGGGGACGUGCCCCUGCCGCGGGGUGCCGCCGGCUCGGGGGGGCUGCCAACCCUAUGCCAUCAUCAACUCCUCGGCCCUUCAACCAGCUGCCAGGCGAGUGGCGAGCAGGGUGGCUCAACCUGUACCGCUUCUGGCAGGAGGGAGGCUUGGACAACGUCCACUUCAUCAUGGCUUUCCAGGGACUGCAGAUCGGGGCAAUUUACAGAGAGAAGCUGGGUGUGUACGAGAGCGUGAACAUCAUCAGCCCUCAGGAUGCUGCCACCCUGUUCCAGGCAGAGGGGACACUGCCAGAGCGCUUCAGUGUGCCCCCCUGGGUGGCAUAUCGUGACUUCCGCAACAAGCCCUACGGUGUCCUCCUCAAGACGGGGGAGGCCUGGCGCUCAGACCGCCUGAUGCUGAACAAGGAGGUGCUGUCACCACAGGUGGUGGAAGGAUUUGUGCCUCUGCUCAACCAGGUGGGAGAGGACUUUGUCCGGAGGGCACGAGCGCAGGUGGAGCAGAGCGGUCGGGAGCGCUGGACAGCUGACUUCACCCACGAGCUCUUCCGCUUCGCCCUGGAGUCUGUGUGCCAUGUGCUGUACGGGGAGCGACUGGGGCUGCUGCAGGACUUUGUGGACCCUGAAGCACAGCGUUUCAUUGAUGCUGUCACCCUGAUGUUUCACACCACCUCACCCAUGCUCUACCUGCCGCCCACCCUCCUCCGCCACCUCAACACCAAGACAUGGAGGGACCACGUCCAGGCCUGGGAUGCCAUCUUCUCCCAGGCUGACAAAUGCAUCCAAAACGUCUACCGGGACCUACGGCUGCAACGCAAGAGCACCAAGGAGUACAUGGGCAUCCUCUGCAACCUCAUCAUGAGGGACAAGCUGCCCUUGGAGGACAUCAGGGCCAGUGUCACGGAGAUGAUGGCAGGCGGGGUGGACACGACAUCCAUGACGCUGCAGUGGGCCAUGUUCGAGCUGGCACGAGCCCCAGGGGUCCAGGAGCAGCUGAGGGCAGAGGUCCUGGCUGCCAAGCGGGAGGCAGCAGGGGACAGGGUGAAGAUGCUGAAAACCAUCCGACUGCUCAAAGCUGCCAUCAAGGAGACACUCAGGCUGCACCCUGUGGCGGUGACCCUGCAGAGGUACACCACACAAGAGGUCAUCCUCCAGGACUACUGCAUCCCCCCCAAGACGCUGGUGCAGGUUGGUCUCUAUGCCAUGGGUCGAGAUCCUGAGGUGUUCCCAAAGCCAGACAGGCGCUGGCUGGCAGCAGGCCCCAAGCACUUCCAGGGGCUGAGUUUUGGCUUUGGCCCACGGCAGUGCCUGGGGCGUCGCAUCGCUGAGCUGGAGAUGCAGCUCUUCCUCAUGCAGAUCCUGGAAAACUUCAAGAUUGAAACCAUGAGAGCAGUGGAAGUUGGGACCAAGUUUGAUCUCAUCCUGAUCCCUGAUAAACCCAUCUACUUGACCUUACGGCCGCUGGAGUCCCGAGU